CCCCCGUUUCCCCCCGUUCCCGUUGCCGUGUCCCAGGAUCCCGGUGGUUUUCCCCCGGUGGAGGAGGUGGAGGAGCUGAGCCAGGAGCUGCUGCGGGAGCUGAGCUCGGGCUGCACCGAGGAGCUGCUGCGGCGGGGGCUGCACCGGCGGGAGCGGCUGCACCGGCGGCUCCGGGAGGCGCAGGGCAAGGCCCGGGAGCUGGCACAGGGUCUGGCCGAGGCCGAGGCCGGGCUCUGCCAUCGCCUCCGGGGCGCUCAGGCCCACGUCCAGCGGCUCCGCGGCCGGAGGCAGGAGCUGGACACGGAGCUGGAGCGGGCCCAGGGCAGCCUGAGCGGUGCCAGGGACAAAACCCAGGCGCUGCGCCGGGCCCUGGAGGAGCUGCAGGAGCAGCUGCAGCAGCUGGAGCAGCACCAGGAGGAGGAGGAGGAGGAGCACAGCCUUCCUCCCGACGUGUACGUGGCCCAGCUGUACUACGAGAUCAGCAGGAUCGACUGGGACUGCAGCGCCCAGCCCGGCCACAUCCGAGGGGUUCACUACGGCCCCGACAUCGCCGUGCCCCUGGACCUGGAUGGGGCCCAGCACUCGGGGACCUUCGUCAGCGAUUUCCUCUGGGGGCUGGUGCCCACCGAGUGGAGACCCCGGAGAGCCCCGGUGCUGCCCCGGGAGCCGCUGGCACCGUGACCCCCCCACCCCCUUACCCACAGCGUGAGACCCCUCCCCAUUAAACCACCACCAAUCUCUUUAAUUA